GGGACCAGCGCUGGCCAGUACUGUUGCCGGGACACCGAGGGACGCCUUUGUCGCCGUCAACAAUGGCCCCACAGGCCUUCUAGGCAUGAGCCCCUGGGGACCCAGAGGCAGACAUGCAGACCCUGCGUUGGGAGGCUGCCCGGCCCUAUGUCCCCCGGGGGACCCUCGAAACAGAUUUCCCAGCACCUCUGUUCAGCGAUGACUAUCUGUCCCUGGAGGGUCCCCGCUGGACACCGGCCAUCAGGCAGGCAGUGCGCUGGAAGUAUGCCCCCAUGGGACGCGACGCUGCGGGCCAGCCGUGGUACACCGGCCUGACCAACUCUGAGUCUCGGGAAGCCUGGUACACGCUCCCGCGGGCCCUGGACAGCCCAUACCGGGAGGCCUAUACCCGCUGGCACGGCUGCCACAGCCACCGGGAGCGAAGCAUGCCCUCCGGUGAGUGCUUGGCCCGGCCUGCCCCUCCCAGCCCCAAGGGCAGGGCCAGGGCCACAGAUGACCUACCCAGCCCCUUCCCCCUACAGCCUACACCCAGCGCCUCCGGGAGACCUCCUGGUGCGACCCCGUCCUCCUGGCCCAGUACAGGGUCCCCAGCAUGCGGUGGGGGAGCGCGCUGUGGACAGACAGACCCUUCCGGGGCAAGGAAUACGGUGAGGAGUGGAGGCGGUUGGGGGGACCAAGGCCACCUCGGCUGGGGUUCAGAGUGGCCGGGGACAGGAGGUGACCUGGGUCCUGGCCCCACAGUGGUCACCAGGCACCAGUACCAGACGGAGCCGCCAUGGCAGGGGUCUGACUACGUGCCGCUCCUGUCCGCGCCCCAGCGCCCGCGCUACACCACGCAGAACCACAGGCAGUGGGACCUGGAACCCUACUGCCCCUCCACCAACCAGCGGCCCCCACCCAUGUACACACCCAUCCGCUGAUAAAGUUCAUGCUGCCCGACGCCA